AGAAUAAUGAGAACGUUCAAGAGGGGGGACGCUGAUCCUGAUUUCCUCUCAGAAACCUGGGCUGGCUGCACGGAUCAGACCUGUUGAGAAACUUCUCCUCAACUUGAGAGGCUGACAUCGAUGAAAAAAAACGAGCUGAUUGAUUAGUCAGAGGGGUUGAGCAUCAGCUGGAGGACGUGCGUCAGCAAUGGGGCGUAAGCUGGAUCUGUCGAAUCUGUCCGACAAUGAGGCGGAGCAUGUCCUGCAGGUGGUGCAAAGAGACAUGAAGUUACGCAAGCAGGAGGAGGAGCGACUCAGUGAACUGAAGCAGGAGCUGGACGAGGAGGGCAGUCGCUGCCUCCUGCUGUCACGACAGGGUUUCUUCAACCAGCGCUGCUGCAUCCGCUGCUGCGCGCCCUUCACCUUCCUGCUCAACCCCAAGCGCAAGUGCCGCGACUGCAAGUACAACGUUUGCAAAGCUUGCCGGGUCUACUGCAAGCGGGAGAAAGCCUGGCUGUGCUCCUCCUGCGAGAAGGGCAGGUUGUUGAAGACACAGAACCUGGAGUGGUUUUACACCAAUGUGAAGUCACGCUUCAAGAGGUUCGGCAGCGCCAAAGUGCUGAAGACUCUUUAUAGGAAACACCUGGUGGAGCACCGUUCACUUUUGGAGCUUUCUGAGGGCAGCACCUUCGAAGACAGUCUCUGCAAUGAGGGCAGCAUCUGUGGGAGCGACUCAGCCUUCUACAGACAAAGUGAAGAGCACAGCAUGGAAGAGACGCUCACUGUGGCCUUGCGGGUGGCAGAGGAGGCCAUAGACGAGGCCAUCACUAAGGCUGAGUUCGACACCAGUCAGGAGAGGCAGAAUGAGGCGCACUAUCUGCGAGAGCACAAAGGAGAGCUCGUUGAGGAACUGGCCAAAACUAUUGUGCAAAAAAUUAUUAGUCGAAGGAAGACUUUGGCUGAAAGGAGGGGUGAAUAUGUCCAGGACUGGCCAGUUGAACACAACACUGACCUUCAUCACCACCAUCAGUCUGCCAGUGCCGCCAGCUCCAUCAAACAGCAACCAGGCCUCUUUAGGUCACACUCAGCCUUCUCACUGUUGGAGAACGACUCUACAGGUUUGAGUCCAGACUCUUCAAAGGGGUCGGUGAAGGAAGGUGGAGGGCCGGCUAUGACUGCUUGGAAGAGUGUAGACCGGCUGGACAAUGCAGGUGUGUCCGCAGUGCUCCACAGCAUGGACGGGAACUGGAUUGCCCUGCAGAGCGCCCAGCUGUCGCGUCCCAGCCUGCUGACCCAAAGGAAGAGCCAGGUCUACAGUGCCUUGGAGAGGGAGUCUGCAGUGGUGUCCGCCUACGAAGGCAUGGGCUCCGACAAUGAGCUCAAGCCAGAGUCUGACGGCUCUGUGGGUGCCGCCCUGCAGGAGAUCCACAGGAAGAUGAUGGACACUAACCUCAACCUGCAAGAUACCUGCAACAGGAUACUGUCCCCGAUUAUGAACCGCAGAGGCAGCGGAGACAGGAUCCUUUCUGCGUUGAUGAGCCGCAGAGGCAGCAGAGACAGCAUGCUCUCUGACUCUGAGGGGAACUGGAAGCCUAACAAACCGCUGCUGGGUGUGAUAAAGAUGAAGGUGCCUGCAGAGAUCCGGCGGCCUACAUCACGUAGGACCAGCAUCAUCGAUGUGAACUUUAACCUGGACGGAGCACACCAAGAAGAGAACAAGGGGGGUGCAGAGCCAGAACGAAAGGUUGAGAGAUCACAGAAGAAAAAGCAGAGUGAAAUGGAGUCUUCUUCUCUGGAAAACAACGUCAAAGACAACCCUCCAUCUGAUGCUGUGACCCCUGAUACAGGAAGUAUAACAACCCCUGAACCUCUGGACCUUGACAACGACAUCACAGGACAAAUAGUCAAUCAGAUUGACCAGGAGCUCACACUGAAACUGGAACAGCUAGCCAGCCGAGUUAAUGAUCCCUCCACAGGUGAAGAAAACGAAGGAGAUGAUGGAGUGAGAGCUGUUGGUAAUGAUGAACAAACGGAGGAAAAGAAAGAAGAAAACGAAGAAGAUGAUGAAGAUAAUGAGCAGCCGCAGAUCAUGGAGACUGAGUCGGAUGAAGGAAGGACGGAGGAUGAGGAGAAAGAGGAGGAAAAUAAAGAAGAAUACGAUGAAGAGAUGAGUUACAGAUUGAACAAGCUUAUCACUAAGUCCAGAAUGUCGUACUUCUCCUCCACUGAAGACGAAUUAGACAAAGCGGGCAAGAGUGAGGAGGAAGAAGCAGAGGAAGACAAGGACAAAGAUACGGAGGAGGAACAUAAAGAGCAGGGGGAGGAAAAUCUGAAGGGAUUCACGUUCAAACUCUGUCAGCUGGAAAAAGAAGUCCGGGCCAACCAGUUCUCCUCCACAGAGGACGAGAUGGACAGAGUUGGCGUUGAAGAGAGGACAGGAGAGGAGGAGGACCAGGGGAAUAAUGUAGAGCUGGCGGUGAAAGUGUGCAGAUUAGCUUACCAAGUCAACGCCAACCAAUUUUCAUCCACUGAGGACGAGCUAGACAGCGUCGGCCUCUUGGAUGAAGACAUGAAGAUGGGAGAGGAGGGGGAGGAUGGGAAGAAAGAGGAGCUGGCAUUAAAAGUGUGCAGAUUAGCUCACCAAGUCAACGCCAGCCAAUUCUCAUCCACCGAGGACGAGCUAGACCGAGUGGGCAGGGGUGAAGAGGAGGGCACAGACGAGGAGGCACUGUGGACACUGCAAGCAGAGAAGGCCGUCCAGGCUGCUCAUCUGCGUGAUUUAGCCAGCCUAGUCGGUCCUUCUGAGUUCUCCUCCACUGAAGAUCACCUGGAUAAAGUUGGAAAGACAGAGCAGGAAGUUAUUGAAGUGACUGAAAGUGGAGAGUGGGAGGACACAGAGGGAAAUAAUCAAGACAAGGAAGAAUCAUUCGAAGAUCUGGAUGUGAACAUGUUUGAUUUACGGGAUGAGAUUGAGGAAAAAAAGGAGAGCAGUGGAGAAAAGGAUGCAUCUGACUGUGUUUUGGAGGAGAAAAAGGAGGAUUUCGUGGAGGGAUGUGAAGUUUUGAAAGAGAAGUCGGACGAAAGACAAGAGAUGGAGUUGAAAACUGUGGCGGAGGGCGAAAGAGUGGAGGAGAUAACAAAUGUCAAACAAGAGACUCAGCCAGAGGAAAAGAGACAGGAAGAAGAAAAGAGCGGAGAGAGCAAUGGCAGUAUAGAAAGUUGGGAGACAGCAGACGAGGAGCGCAGUGAAGAAUAUGCAGAGUUUGACAGGAUAAUCAGCAGCAUGUUGAUGAUGACUUUGGAGGACAUGCAAGCACCGACGGUACAGGAUGAAGUGGAAGAAAAUAGGGAGGUUAUAACAGACUCAGAGGAAGUACUGGUGGAUGAAAAAAUAGAGGAAGAAAGUGGAUUCAAGCAAGUGGAGGUGGAUGAGGAGGUAGAGAUAGGGACAGAGAGUGGAUUGGAGCAAGUAAAGGUGGAUGAGACAGUACAUAUUGGGGAACAAGGUGGGUUGGAGCAAGUGAUGGUGUAUGAGGCAGUACAUGUUGAGGAACAAAGUGGAUUGGAGCAAGUGAAGGUGGAUAAGGAAGUACAUAUUGGGGAACCAAGUGGAUUGGAGCAAGUGAAGGUGGACAAGGAAGUACAUGUUGAGGAACAAAGUGGAUUGGAACAAGUGAAGGUGGAUGAGGCAAUACACAUAGGGGAACAAAGUGGAUUGGAGCAAGUGAAGGUGGAUGAGGCAGUGCAUGUUGGGGAACAAAGUGGAAUGGAGCAAGUGAAGGUGGUUAAGGAAGUACAUAUUGGGGCACAAAGUGGAUUGGAGCAAGUGAAGGUGGUUAAGGAAGUACAUAUUGGGGAACAAAGUGGAUUGGAGCAAGUGAAGGUGGACAAGGAAGUACAUAUUGGGGAACAAAGUGGAUUGGAACAAGUGAAGGUGGACAAGGAAGUACAUAUUGGGGAACAAAGUGGUAUGGAGCAAGUAAAGGUUGAUAAGGCAGUAAAAGUCUGGGGGGAAAGUAGAUUGGAGCAUGUGAAAGUAGAUGAGAAAAUAAAAGUAGGGCUAAUAAGUGGAUUGGAGCAUGUGAAGGUGGAUGAGGCAGUAAAAGUCUGGGGAGAAAGUAGAUUGGAGCAUGCGAAAGUGGAUGAGAAGGUUAAUAUCAGGGGAAAGAGUGGAUUGGAGCACGUAAAGGUGGAUGAGAAAGUGAAAGUAGGGGUAAUGAGUGGCUUGGAGCAUGUGAAGGUCAGUGAAGAAGUCAAGAUUGGAGGGAAAAGUAAACUUAAGGAACAGUUUGCUGAGACACAGAGCACCGAUGCAUUAAUGGAAACAGAGACCACUAAUAAGUUUCAAAGUCCCAGCAAUAACGUGACGCCAGACUCAGCAAAGAAAGAAAGUCCUAAAGUCAAUAUUCAGAGAAAAGAGGAGAGUGAAGAUGCUACAGCUAGAAAGGAAAAUGAGAGAAAAGAUACUGAUUUACAAGUAAUAGGCUCUCCAUCAAAGAAAUCUACAGUUAUGUCAAUCAAAGAGAUGCUAGAAACAUAUGAGGCCAAACAGCUCUGUAAAAGAAUAGGACUGCAUGACGACAAACAAGAGGACAGAGGAGGAAAGGUCUCGGCCAUGCGACAGAUGAUGGAGGCACAUGGAGAUGUCGCAGAAACUAAAGGAAAAAAAGCAGAGAGCAGAGAUCACAGCAGGAGGUCUUCUCUUCAUGAUGUUUUAGAGUCACCGGAGGAAAUUCACAUGGAUAGUGAUUUGGAGAUAUACAAAACAGUAGAGUUUCUUUCAACUCUGCUGGGGCAGAGAUAUUCUGCAGUCUCUCUGCGUAACAUAACCACAGAGGUACUAAAGGUGCUGAACACCACUGAAGACCUGCUUCAGGGAGUGACAGGAGGAGAGAAGUGCCAGUCCUCAAUCCCUUCACUUCCCCCCAACACUGACCCCAAGAAACUGGACCAGCAGUUCUCCAAACUGGAAGAGAAUGUAUAUGUGGCAGCGGGCUCUGUAUACAGUCUGGAGGCAGAGCUUGGUGACCUGGAGGAGUGUGCCAGGGGUAUCAGCGGAGCUACAUCAGACAUGGAGAUCUCCUUUCUGGAGGAACAGGUCGCCUCAGCAGCAGCAAAAGUUCAGCAGUCUGAUCUGCAGAUUUGUGAUAUCUCAGCUAGGAUAGCUGCUUUGAAGAAUGCAGGCCUAAACGUGGAUACACAGUCACGCCCCCCUAAGGCCAAGACCAUCCCAGUGAUGCCUGUCACCCUGGACUCAUCCAGACAGUUUAGGAGGCGGUUACCUGCACCACCUGUGAAGGAUAAGGAAACCUAAACCAUGGACAGUCAGGGGGACCUUCAAAGAAAACCAGACACAGCUGUGCCUUCACCUUUUUGCCCUGCAGACUUCAGGCCAGUCUGUUCCACCCAUCGAGAAACCGCUUGCCUUAAUCAAAUGUAAAUGUAAACAUGCCUAAACUUACACAAGACACUGCUACUGUAUGUGUUUAGUUGUACUGUAUGUCAAUGAUAGUGCAGGAAACUGUUUUUCUGUCAUUUUAUCAAAAUAUAUUGUAGACAUCACAUCUUUACUCUCUGAUUGACAACCAAAUAGUAUUUUAACAAAUAUCAGCACUGAUCAAAUUGGUAAAUGAGCUCAUCAAAUUAAGAACAAGGAAAUCAGUAAGAUUUGAGCAAUAUCCUUUUUUAGAUAUAAAAUACUGAGAUGAAGUUGUUACAUUAUACAUUUGUGUAAAAUACAUCUUGUUCUAAUUGUAAUAUUUUAUAGACUUCAUAUAACAUCAUCAGACUCCAAUGAACUUGCUGUUAAAAAUAUUAUGUGAAUGGAUAAUAGUGACUGUAAGACGCUAUCUAUCAGCAGCACAGCUACUGAAAAACCUACAUUGUUUUUACCCCCUUAUGACAAAGAGAUCAUACAUACACGUGAGCAAUUUCAGCAUGUUCAUGUAUCAUGUCAACAAUAAAUAGACCUGUAUUUUUCCAUA